CCGAAAGCAGACCAACAACGAAGGCGACUAGUCACGACCUCACUGUCGACAUGUGAAAGUCUGCCGUUGAUGACGAGAAUAAGCUGACGGCCCAGACCAGAGAACUCUGCGCGUGUCCGGGCAAUAAUAAUGCCCCCAGACGUGCCCCUUGCGCAUCUGCCACAGUCUGCAAACAACCUGGUCGAGCAUCCAUACACUUUGCCAAAGCAUGAAUCCUGUCCGCCCCGGGUUCGUGUUGCAACUCAAAGGUGCUCCCUUGGGCCUUGGCCGUCUCGUCGCAUCUGGCGCCUCGCAUCAUACUCCACCAUCGCGCGAGCAGACGAAAUGCUCGGCGAUAUGCGCUGUUGAGACACCGGCCGCUUCUGCUCACCACACUCGACUCAUGCUUGAACGACAAUGCUUACUUCAAGAUUGGCAUUAUGCGUUGCAUACCUCCGCUUCGUUGCAGCACAGGAUUGGAGAGACUACAACAGUUUGUGCGACGACACGUUCGAUAAAGCGAAUGCGUCGAGCGUAUACACGUAUGCACCGGACUUGAGAACGAUCACCUCACGGCCGGCGCCAGUCUCGUGGGCUUACACCGUCUACCACAAUGCCUCGACAUUGCAAGCUGUAUGGUGGUACAACACGGGCGGUGCUAAUUAUUCAGACGACUUCGGCAUGGGCUACGAUGUCUGCGCAUUCCGACUCAGAAAUCUGACAUCGCUUGCAACCUGGAACGCCUAUAUCAAAAACGACGAUGGCUCUUGCAACAAAACCCUCGACGACGACUGUAUCAAAGACCUAAAGAAACUUGCUCGACGAACAGCCAUAGCACAAGUCGGCGAAGCCUCACCCGCCUCCAACCUGACGGAAGGAGCCCUACCAAAAGUCUGCAGCGCAAUCGGCACCACCAUCCUGAACAAUUUGCCCAAGACAUGUAAGAAGUACUUCGACGAGCGAGACUUCGAGGUCGCCACAUGGCAGAUGAGCGACUACAACAAGACUUCCCGCGACGUGGCAUGUUGUAGUGAUAUCCAGUACAACAGUUGUCCCAUCUAUGCCAACGAAUCUCAAGCAACUUCCACGAACCUUGAGAUUACUGGUAGUCCCGACGAUCCCACGACUGCCAUGAUGAAAGACUCCGAGCGAUAUCCAGGUAGCUGGCAUGCCUGGUGGGGCCUGGACAUGAAACUCGGUCUAGAGAGAAAGGGAGGAUUCAAUACUGAUAACUACGACGCGUACGCUCAUGGUGUAUUUCCCAUGUUGACGGUCUACAUGUCCCUCGCCAACCAACGCCGACAAAUCUACAUCGAACCCUUCGCCCAACUAACCUGCAUGCGCGCCACCAACUUCAGCGAAGGCUCCCGCAAACCUCCACCCCUUCACCCCUCCGAAUCCUCCUCAGGCCUCUCCCCCGGCGCAAUAGGCGGAAUAGCAGCCGGAUCCGCAGUCGGAGCCCUAGCCGUCAUCAUCGCCGCCUUCCUGUACUACCGCCACAAACGCCUCACCGCAGCCGCAGCCCGCAAAGCCGCCUCUCUCUCCUCUUCCGGCACAGGUCCCACCGAACUCGGAGGCGACGGUCCAGCGGCUGAACUCGACAAGGGCAACGAAGUCUUCGAAAAAGAAGGCAACCUGCCCGGCAUGGAAAUGGAUGCGAACGCGAAGAAGAUUUUCGAGAUGCAAGGGGAUGAAGGGACGGGGACGAGGAGUGAGAUGGCGGGGGAUACGAUUCAGAGUGAAUUGGAGAGUCCCAGUGGGGAGGGUUUGGAGGAGAAGAAGAGGUUGGAGUUGUUGGAGAAGGAAAGGGGGAUGGUGGAGCAGCCGGAGGUGGCGGAGUUGAUGGGGAGUGAACCGAUACAGAGACAGAGUUGGACGCCGAGUAUACGGUUGGUUGAGAAUGUUGAUCAGCAUCAGGGUGAGAUGCGGGAGAUUGAUAGGACGAGGGAUGCGGUUGAGGAAGAAGAUCCGCCGAGAAUUUGAUGAGUGACAUGUACGAUGAUGUCGACGAGAAUUGUUUUGUUUUUGUACUGGAACUGGUUAUUGAGAGUGCUUUCAUCUGUGUACAUAGUCGUCUCAGUGUCGAUACUGUCCUGUCGCUAAACUGCAAUGCCAAGACUCCACUGC